UUACUCCACCGCGUCGCAGCCCUCGCCUACUCACGCACCAUCGCUCAAUCACACUGUCUUUCCUUCACCAAUUUCGGUACAUCCUUUGUCCUACUUUCAAUUUUUCCUUCACGAAGUUUUUUUUGUUUUGAGAUUUAGUCAUAUUUUGUCUGCAAGCGAUUUGAAUGAUUAUAAUUCUCAGGGUUUCGUGUUGGAGGUUUUUAUCUAGAAAUUUUGAUCAGUCGGGGAACCAGUUGAGUGUAAAAUUUCACUCGAACGAACAGUGUAGCAUCGUCGAUUUUUUUUAACGAUAAAAUAUGGUACUGAUUUCGACUGACUGCUAGGAGUGUAAUAAAUUAAAAAAGCAUUCGAAGAAGAGAGGCUUAUCGUUGGAAGAAAAGCGGGACAAGAUGCUUGAAGUUUUUUAUGAUAGCCAAAGCUUUUUCCAGCUGAAAGAUCUGGAGAAGCUUGGACCUAAGAAAGGGGUUAUAAGUCAAUCAGUCAAAGAUGUGGUGCAGAGCUUAGUGGAUGAUGAUCUUGUUUUCAAAGAUAAGAUCGGAACUUCUGUGUAUUUUUGGAGCCUUCCAAGUCGAGCUGGGAAUCAGCUGCGGCAAGUGCGUGCAAAACUGGAGAGCGAUUAUGCAAUUUCAAAAAAGCGAGAGUCUGAACUGGAGGGCAAGCUGGAGAGUUCCAAAGAAGGUCGAGAGGAUUCGAAUGAGCGACAAGCUGCGUUAAUAGAGUUGAAUACUGUGGAAAAGAAACAUAAAGAACUUCAGGAGGAGAUCAAUAAGUAUGCCGAUAAUGAUCCAGCAGUUUAUGAAGCCAUGAAGGAUGCAACCAAGGUAGCCCAUGAAUCUGUCAAUCGGUGGACUGACAACAUUUUCGCACUACAGAAGUGGUGUUCGAAGAAAUUCCCGGAAGCACGAGAUAAGCUUGAAGAGUUGUACAAAGAGGUUGGUAUUUCUGAGGACUUCGAUUACGUGGAGUAAUUUUGAGCCAUAUGCUCUUGUCACAAAGACUGGUGUAUACCUUCCAGGUUUGGACCAAUUUCCUGACUAGUUCAUCUAUUCUAGUGUUUCACCUCUUUGCACAUCAAGCAAUCUGGGUGAAGAGUUUCACUCCACCCAGAUUCUUUACAUUUAGGAUGGUCCCGUGCUCGUUUGCACCGCAAAUUUUUGUUGACUAGUCGAUCGCAGCACCUGAAAGUAUAUCGUGCACCGCACGACUUUACAGAACCCAAAUUUCCCUGACUGGGGAUUAUUUCUAGCACAUAAGUUUACACGGCAAGCGUAUGUACUGUUGCACCAAUUGUUGCCACUUUUAUGUCUGCAUUCAUAAUGUUGUCUGUCCUCAUCCCGAGGUUCCCUUGAGGUCUCAUGAA